AUGCAUGGAGGAGAAUUAAUGUUACAAGGACAUAAUUUAACAUUAGUUGUUUUUCAUGGUUUAAAUUUUAAAUCACGUCAAUGGGCUUUUUUUUCACUUAAUGAACCACAAAUUAAUUUUGUUACUGAUCGAGGUGAAAAAGGAGAUAUUAAUCAAAAAUUAUUCUUCUAUUUGGGUCAUCAAGGACAAACAAUGCCAUCUAGUCUUAAAUCUCGUACAAAUAUGGCUUCAAUAUCUAAAGUUACAAGAAAUAGUAAUGAAGCACCAUCACAUUUAACUAUUAAUGAAUGGUUUAAUUAUGCUAGUUCAACUAUUUCUGCUGUUGGUCUACGUGAUUUUCCAAGUAUGGAUGAUGUUCCAAAUCCAACACCAACAAGUAAAGUACGUUCAAAACAAUUUGAACAAAAUGCUGAAUCAAUAUUUAUUCUUCCCGGUCUUGAAUUAAGUUUUCAAACACGUCAAUUAAAUGGAGAAAUCUAUUGUAGUUUUGAAACAGAAUUUUAUGAACAUAUUAUGUUUACAUUUAAUGCUGAACAUUUUUAUUUUUUACAUGAUCUUAUUUCAUCUUAUAUUAAAGAAAAACAAAAAGCUUUAACAGCAACAACAAAUGAUAAACAUCGACAACGAUCAACAGCACCAUUAUCAUCAUCAUCAUCAUCAUCAACAAUACCUUCAAAUUCAGUUGAUAUUCAAACAUUAACAUCAUUUGAUGAACCUCCAAGUGAUGAUAUACGUCGUUUUCAUUGUCCAGAUACUAAAUGGAAAUUACAACCAACAAUAAAACUUUUAACUGCAUAUGGAAAUGAAGUUGAACCAUUUGGUGCUGAUUAUAUUUUACAAAAAUUAGGUUUUCGUCAUGCACGUUUAACAAUACCAAAAUGGUUGCAACGUGGUAUUAUGGAUCCAUGUGAACAAUCGAUGACUGUUGUACAAUUAUUUCUUAUAUUUCUUUUACCUGAACGUUUUAAAGAAAUAUGCAUGCGACAAUAA